AUGCUGGGCCAACUCGUGGGAUCCGUCAUGCUUCUGGUCGCGACUGCGAUCUUUCUCUACUACACCGCGUGGACCCUGUUGAUGCCCUUCGUCGACCCCGGCCACCCGCUCCACGACAUCUUCCCGCCUCGUGUUUGGGCCAUCCGCAUCCCCGUCAUCCUAACACUCUUGGCUUCUGCUGUGGGUGAUCUCCGCUCUAGAUACGCUGUUAGUGGUGUCUACGUUCACCACAACUCCCUUAUUUUUAAGGAUACUGUCAAAACAGUUAUCCUCCUCUUUAGUCAUACCUCCCAAGCUCCCGGUUCCCAGUUAGGAUCUUGA